ACAGACACACUUUCAGCAAAAUCCUCAAAUGGCCUCCUCUUCAUGUUUCCUUCUCAUUGCUCUUCUUGCCUUGGCCUCGUGGCAGGCUAUUGCUUCUGAUCCGAGCCCUCUCCAAGACUUUUGCGUUGCAGACAACAGCUCACAUGUUCUUGUCAAUGGAUUUGUCUGUAAAGAUCCAAAGGAUGUGAAGGCUGAAGACUUCUUCUUGGCGGCCAAACUCGACAUGCCAAGGGACACCAAAAUUAACAAGGUUGGGUCUAAUGUCACCUUGAUCAAUGUAAUGCGGAUUCCUGGCCUGAACACAUUGGGCAUCUCCUUGGCGCGAAUCGACUAUGCACCUUUGGGUGAGAACCCACCGCACACACAUCCGCGUGCCACUGAGAUCCUCACCGUGCUUGAAGGGACCCUUUAUGUCGGCUUCGUCACGUCAAACCCAGAAAACAAAUUCUUGUCAAAGGUGCUCAAUAAGGGUGACGUGUUUGUAUUCCCAGAAGGACUCAUCCACUUCCAAUUCAACCCCAACCCCUACAAACCAGCGGUGGCAAUUGCUGCACUUAGCAGCCAAAACCCUGGGGCUAUCACCAUUGCUAACGCCGUGUUUGGGUCAAAACCAGCAAUCUCAGAUGAUGUUCUCGCCAAGGCCUUCCAGGUGGACAAGAAAACAGUGGACUGGCUCCAAGCUCAGUUCUGGGCAGACAACCACAACUAAUUAAGUAUUGCAUCGACUAAGUGGAGAAUGCUUUGAUAUGGUUUCAUAAUACAUCCUUUUGUUGUAUUUAUUAUCUGCAAAACUUAUACCAUGUACAUGUGAAAUAUUUGGUUGAA